AUGGAUCACCGAAAUUGUAGCUCCAUCCUACUAAGUGUUCUCGGUUUCGUCGUCCUGUUGCAAUGCAUUGCGGCAGCAAAGUAUUCCCGAUUCCGUUUGGCAGACACUCAGAGAAAUACUAUCCCAAAUGUUCCCUGCACAUGUGCCAUUUUUCUUACCGGCCAGUUCAAUCGUUUCAAUCGAACGGAACAGCCUAAGGGAAAUCCAGGAAUUCAGCUAGAGCUGAUGCAGCACUUCACCUGCACACCGGCCGGCAACAAGCAGUGCUCCAAUCGGUGUCUCGACGCGAUCGUCAAACAUUUGCCCAACUCGCAAAACGUUAUUUGUGCCACCAUCGACCGCGACUGCUAUCGAGAGCGCGCCUACCUCUUCUAUCAGAAUUGCUCCCCACGGUGGAUUAACAGCAACCUUUCGGCGGGUAAGGAGUUCUGCUGUCAGAACGACGAACCGAUGCGCUGCAAUCUGAUGGCAGAAUUGAUACGGCAAUCGUUGCUGGAAAACGGUAACAGCACGUCCACAUCAACCAGUUACGAAGAGGAGUGA